CGACACCGUUUUCUUUGUAUUUUUUAUCUAAAAGAGUAUAUAAAUAAAUAGCUAAAAGCAGUUAUACCAAAAUAGGAACGAAAGAGAAACGUGAUCGGGAGGUGAAAGAAUCACACAAACAAAGCACUAAUAAUCGCAUCUACGGUGGAUCUUCGCCGGAGUAUAUCCCGAGGAAAUCGGUUUCAGAUGGAGAGGGCCGAUGUAGUACACGAAGAAAUUGCUGCUGCUGAGCCUCCUUCUUCUCCUGGUGUAGCCAUAAGAUCUCGGCUCAGUAACAGAGCAGAUCCUUUCCUUGUUGUUUGCAGGUGUUUCAGCUUCGUCACCUCUCUCAUCGCCAUUCUCUGCGUUGUCGUUAAUGUUCUCGCUGCUAUUCGCUCCUUCCGAGAUAGCCACGAUCUGUUUGAUGGAAUAUUCCGGUGUUAUGCUGUGGUGAUUGCUUGCUUUGUGGUUCUCGCCGAGACUGAAUGGGGUUUCAUCCUCAAAUUUUCCAAGGUUCUUGAGUAUUGGGCUGGAAGGGGAAUGCUUCAGAUUUUUGUUGCUGUGAUGACAAGAGCUUUCCCUGACUAUCUGGCUCAGAAGAAGGAUCUCCUGCUUCUGCAGAAUAUCGCUAGCUACAUGCUUAUCGCUAGCUACAUGCUCCUUGCUUGUGGUCUUAUCUAUGUCAUCUCAGGAGUUCUAUGCAUCGGUGCUCGACAGCACAAGGAAAUUUCUAGAGAACAAGCCGUCAAGGAUCUCGAGGAGAUAGACCGACGCAGGGAAGAGUUGGAACAACUACUCCUGAAGCAUCGCAGUAGAGACGACGUGUGAAUAGCAACUACC